UCCUCCUCCCCCCACCACUACCCCGUGCUCCGGUAUCUCCGGUGUCUCGUGCAGGCUGACGGGGUGGGAGUUGCAGCACUUCUGGGAGAGCGCGAGCGAGCGAGUGAGCGAGCGCGCGCGUGCGUCAGGGCUCAAUGGCGGCGGCGGCGCCUGUCAAGGAGGACGAUGUUGUGGACGAUUUCGACCGGCGACCCAUCCGGAGAGCGAGGUCCAAGAGUGACACGCCGUACCUCACCGAGACCAGGCUCUCGUACACGCUACAAACAGCAGAAGGGGCAGAGAGACUAGCCGCCAUGCGUUCUGAUUCGCUGGUGCCCGGCACGCACACGCCGCCUAUCCGUCGGAGAAGUAAGCUAGCAAGCCUGGGAAGACUCUUCAAGCCGUGGAAAUGGAGGAAGAAAAAGAGUGACAAGUUCAAGCAGACGUCAGCAGUCUUGGAGAGAAAGAUGUCCACACGGCAAAGCAGAGAGGAGCUGAUCAAGAGAGGAGUGCUCAGAGAGGUCAACGAGAACGGGGAGCUAGCAGCGGGUGAGAGUGAGCACAUGUGCAUGUCUGAGUCGGUUGUGAGUCCUGUAACUGAGGAAGAGGAAACGAACGGAGAAGGAACAGAACCCGAGUUGUCACAGUUGCCAGGGGAAACUGGGAUAUGUCCAGCAGGCCACACCCCAAAGCCAACUCCGGCCACGCCCCCUGCGAAAGGCAUCCCACUACCAAGUGAUGGCAUGGACGCCCCCCUGAGCAAACCAUUAGCACUAAAGCAACCACCUGCCUUACCUCCAAAACCAUCCAGCAGAAUACCCAACCAUUUAACGGACCCUUUAGGAAAAUUCUCCCCGCCACUUCCACCUAAAAAAGUGAUGAUCUGUGAGCCGGUGCCUUCUUUCCAGCUCAGAUACCCGCAGGCCUCAACCAUGCACACACACUCCCUAACCCACGUGCACCCUUUGCAGCACGCAACGCUCCCACUUUCCCUUCAUCCCCCGAGCCGCAUUAUCGAGGAGCUUAACAAAACUCUGGUGUUUACCAUGCAGAGACUGGAGAGUUCUGUCCUGCAGGCUACAGUAGCGUCAGUGCAAAUGGAGAGUGAAGAGGAGAAGGAGAACAGAGAUGCAGUGCAUCAGCUCCUGUCCAACGCGCACACCUUCAACGCACACCCCACCAACACGCGCAUGUACAUCCCACCCACGCACGAAGAAGACGAAGAUGAGGAGGACGAAGAGGACGACGACUCUAUAUUUACAAGUAGUCUGGCUCUGAGAAUCAUGAGGAGAGACUCGCUUGCCAUAAAACUGAGUAACCGCCCAUCUAAGAGAGAGCUGGAGGACAAGAACAUCCUGCCCAUGCAGACUGACCAGGAGAGACUGGAGUGCAGACAGCAAAUUGGCACCAAGCUCACACGGAGACUCAGCCAAAGACCAACUGCAGAGGAACUCGAGCAACGAAAUAUCCUAAAACCACGAAACGAGCAGGAGGAGCUUGAGGAGAAGAGGGAGCUCAAGAAGAGGCUUUCCCGGAAGUUGAGUCAAAGGCCAACCGUUGAGGAACUGAGGGAGGCGAAAAUCCUCAUCCGCUUCAGCGAUUACGUGGAGGUGGCCGAAGCUCAGGACUACGACAGACGGGCGGACAAACCCUGGACGCGCCUUACUGGCGCAGAUAAGGCUGCGAUAAGGAAGGAACUGAAUGAGUUCAAAAGCACAGAGAUGGAGGUGCACGAGUCAAGUCGGCAUCUAACCAGGUUUCACAGACCAUAGUGCUGAUUGCUGAGCAGAACCACAGGGCAUUACCAAUGACAAAUUCACCUCUGGGAUGUAGAGUCUAAUCAAACUGUGCAAAGAUUGCGACUAAACGCAGAGACCGUGUAACUAUUCUGAUCCGAAAUCAGGAAAAGGAACAGGCGCUCGAGUUCCCAUGACGACCCGACUUGAAUAGAUUUAUUGAUCCCUGAUCAAAAUGGUCACAAAAAAUGUGUGUGUUUGUGUGUGAUUUGGCUGAAAUGUUCAAUAUUAUGUUGUGCUCUGGAAGUACACUUCAAUAUUGUGUCCCAGUGUUUGAUUAUAACAAAUGAAGCGGGGAGGGAGGGGGUAAAUUUAUGCACGCGGUCCCAUUUUUCUACCCACGUCGGUGUCAAGCGGGAAAAAAAGAUGCAAACAUAAGAGAAUAUUAAUCAUCUAAGAACACGACAAGCUGACAUUUUAAUGUAUACACAAAGUAUACGUACUUACUUCUACACAUUAAUAUCUUGUACAUCAUGUUUCCAUUUUGUCUGUCUGUCAGAAGUCAUCAUCUGAAGCAGUGAUGAUUUUACCCACAAACAAAAUAUAACCAAACGUAUCCGAUGUUUUCGUCUCGCUCUGGUCAUAAUGAGAGAUUUUUCUGUUGCAUCAAAUAAGUGACGGAACCAAGCAAUAAUUUGUCCGUGUCCUGAAUGUCUGGUUUUGACACGUCAUAAGUUCUGAUCCUGGCUGUAAUAUCGAGUAAGGAGACACUUGUAUACGGGGAAUUGAGGUAGAAUUUCGAAUGCAGUCCUGUCUGUCUGUCUGUGUUUACAUUUUUUUUCUUUUUUUACAAGACGGAGGCCAAAAAUUCAGUGAAACAACAAAAAAGGGAUUAUUUAAAAAUGUCAAUCUUCUCAUGCUUAUGGUGUAUAAUGUGUCAUGAUGUAUUUUUAAAUGCUUUUAAACACUGACUUCCAUGUAGAUAUGGAGUGGUGUGAUUCGUUUACAGUCUUGCCCUGAUGCUCCCUUCCUCCUGCUGCUAUUCACCGUGAGAUUUAAUGAAUAUGGAGGAUGCGCAUGUCUUGUUCUACCUUUCUGUUUUUAUUAUUAUUAUCAUUUUUCUUUUUUUUCCUCUCAACAAUGGAUGCAGUUUCUGAUGUAAAUAAGACUUAUUAAAAAGAUCGGUUUAAAGUAA